AUGUCCAUAUUUGACCCUUUUCCAUAUGGAGUGUCCUCCUCUCCGCUCAUCCUCUUCUGCACCGCAGUCAUCUUCGUCUCCAUCGCCAUCGCCGCCGUCAUCGUCCUCCCCAUAAUCGCCCACAGGCUUCUCACCCGCCAGAUCCCACACAACGCACCCCCUGAGGUUCGUGACAACUACCCAGCAAUUGGUCCAUGGGGAUUUUGGAAGCGACGGUGGGAUUGGUAUAAGGAAUGUAUAUCUCAAUCACAGACGGGCAAUUUUUCCUUCCAUGCGGGGCCUAACCUGGUUGUUGGAUUAUUGGGCGACACGGCACGAAAGGUGUUCUUCGAAUCGAGACAGCUACGCGUGGCCGAGGGCUACUCCGAUAUCGACGGCGCACCAGCCAGCGUAGAGAAGUUACAUGAUGGCCAGGAAACGGAUGAAGGCAUAGACAAGUGGUUUGCCUCUCGCCUCUCGCAACUACUAAAAGGACCGUAUCUCCACAACAAGCUGCCUGAUCUCAAGUCCAAUAUCAAUGAGUCGAUUGAUACUAUUCAAAAAGAGCCCAGUGGCAUAAUCAACGUCUUUGACAGCAUGGCUUGCGCCGUCUAUAAGUUGACUAUGGGCACGUUUGGCCCAAACGAGCUCCUCAGCGACCCAAAAAAGCUUAAACAGACGCAGAGCCUGUUCGGGAGCAUAGUCAGUCGCGCGAGUCCCAUUUCCCUCUUGUUCCCCAGUCUUCCCUCGCUUGGUGGCUUCAAAAGAUUCUACAGUGGUGCACGGGUAUUCUUCUUACUCCGGGGCAUAAUCAAGAAGCGUACUACGAGUGACAAGAAGCCCUAUGACGCGAUGCAAGUUUUGCUUGACCAAGGCCACAGCGUCUUCAGGACCACCAUCUUUGUCUUCGGCGCAGUAUUUUCAGGCAUGGUCAACUCUACCAUCAAUACUGGAUGGCUCAUUUCCUACUUAGCAGCUGCUCUAGAGUGGCAGGACAAGGUACGGCAAGAAGUACGCAAGGUAGCGGCCAAGUACGCUCAAGACACCAAUGCGCCACUACGCAAACAGCUCGAUGACAUUCCGAUAGAAGGAUGGGAAUCAGAGUUUCCCCUCAUCAAUGCGUGCUUGCGUGACUUGAUUCGUCUGCAUAUACUUACUAUCUACUUCCGGAAGAACAUGACCAGUGACGACGUUCCGCUGGGUAACGGCAAGGAGGUCAUCCCUGGCGGCGCCGUCGUCGCAUAUCCGUCGUACGACAUCCACCUCGAUCCCGAAGUCUACACCAACCCAUAUGAAUGGGAUCCAUCAAGGUAUAUGCCAGACCGUGCCGAGGACACAAAGAGGCCACACGGCUACGUGGGCUGGGGAUCCGGAAUGCAUCCAUGCCUCGGCAUACGCUUCGCCACUCUGGAAAUAACAAUGGUCACAGCGUACUUUGUCGCUUCGUUCGACUUUCAGCUUGUCGACCAAAACGGCAAUCGUUUGUCCAAAGUGCCAGACGACGACGUGAAUAGGAGACAAGUCCAACUCCCCAAGAUUCUGCCGUAUGUCAAGUUUACACCGAGGGACAAAUAA